AUGGGUCGUGUUUUUCUUGAACAUCUAGGUGGUCAACGUAUAUUUUCUUGUGCACAUUGUGAUACACCAUUAACAAACCGUAAUGAAUUAGUUUCAACACGAUUUACAGGUGCAACAGGUCGUGCAUUUUUAUUUAGUCGUGUUGUCAAUACAAAACAAAGUGCUGUACAAGAACGAAUGAUGUUAACUGGUCGACAUUUUGUUCGAGAUAUAAGUUGUAAAAAAUGUGAUGUUAAACUUGGUUGGAUGUACGAAUUUGCAACAGAAGAAACACAACGUUAUAAAGAAGGACGGGUCAUUCUUGAACGUGCUUUGAUUAAUGAAAGUGAUGGAUUUUAA